AUGACGCUUCCAGUCCUAAUCAUUGGCGCCGGCCUAGGCGGCAUCUGCCUUGCCCAAGCCUUGAGAAAAAACAACAUCCCCUUCAAACUCUUCGAACAAGACGAGCAUCACAAUCUUCGCACACAAGGCUACCGUCUCAGAAUAACCGAACAUGGCGCAAAUGCGCUAAGAGACAGUCUAACACCCGAUCUCUUUACUUUGUUCCAAGAAAGCUGCGCUACCACAGCCGGGUUCGGCGUGCACGUGAAACCAGAUGGGACAUCCAUUCCCUUCGGUCCUAACAGUCCACCAGGACCCCCACCCGGAAUGACCUCAGAUGAGGCAUACACAGUGGAUCGAAGUACCUUCCGUGAAGCACUACUCACCGGAAUAGAAGAACAUACUUUCUUCGGGAAGAGUUUUGAGUACUACGAGCUUACGGACAACGGCAUCACGGCCUAUUUCGGUGACGGCUCAGUAGUGAAAGGAUCCCUCCUCGUCGGCGCCGAUGGAGUAAACUCUCGAGUUCGGAAGCAGUAUCUGCCGAAGUAUCCUGCCAUCGAUACAGGGAUGCGAAUCGUUUUUGGCAAAACGCCUAUCACAUCUGAGUUCUUGGAUUCCGUACCUGAGAGUUAUCAGGUUGGUUUGAGUCUUGCUUCGGAUCCAGGAGAUAAGUCACAACCGGCGCUUUUGUGGGAGGCUAUCCGGUUCCCGUGUACGGUUGAGAAAAUUAAGCUGCCUAGUCCGUAUAUGUACUGGGUCCUUGUUUUUCAUCGCUCGCGUCUCCCGUUCUCGGAUGAGAAAGGGUGGCGUCUUAAGUCUGAUGAAGCGGCUGAUUUAGCUCGUGAGCUGACCAAAUCUUGGAUACCUUCUGUGCGGAGCGUGGUUGAUAUGCAGGAUGAGAACCAGUCGUCUAUGCGGUCGCUUUUGUCCGCAGAGAUAGAGAUUGGGCCUUGGGUAUCUUCGGCGCGGGUGACGCUUCUUGGGGAUGCUAUUCAUGUUAUGCCUCCGACGGGAGCUAUGGGAGCGAAUACUGCUUUGCGGGAUGCGGCUGAUUUGGCGAGACGAAUUGCUGAUGCUGGUGGAGCUGAGAAGGUGGAUGAGGGGGUCAUUGGGGAGUAUGAGGAUGGGUUGCGGGCGUUUGCUAAGAUGGCGAUUGAUAAGAGUUGGAAGGGUGGGAUGAAGAGCUUUGGGCUUAGACCUGUUGAGGAAUGCGAGAAAAUUGUCCUGUAG